GAAAGUACACACAUGGACGCUUUCACACACUGCAGAGUGCCAGCAGAGUAACAAUACUGUCUCUCUUCUUGUGGAGUUUGUUUCCCUCCACGGUGCCUUCACUCCUGUCUGAUAUGACGAAUUAUCCUCCCCUCUCCUCUCUCACGGCGUCUUUGCCUUCUCCAAAUGAGCUACCUCUGUCAUUUAUCUUCUUCUUUCUCACCCUGUCUUCCUCCCCCUGUUUUUUUUCCAGGCCUCCAAGAUAGAUUCCCUCAGGAGUAAAGUGGACUUGCUGCGCCUCCCUCUGUCCCUCUCCGCCAAGUCAAUCAGCGAUCGCAAGAGCCAGCUGGGCGUGGUCUGGGAGAAAGGCGGUGGCUCGGGGGCAGCAGGGGCCCGGAGACCCCGCCCACCGCCAGCCUCAGACAUGGACAACGAGUCGACAUACUCGGGCUAUUCCUACAAGUCGUCCCACUCAAGAAGCUCCCGUAAACACAGGGAGAGGAGGGACAGGCAGCGCUCAAAGAGCCGUGACAUCACCUUACGCGGAGACAAAUCGGUGACGAUCCAGGCUACCGGAGAGCCGCUGCUGGACGCGGAAUCCACGAGAGGGGACGACAGGGAUGACAACUGGGGCGAGACCAACACUGUGGUCACGGGCACAUCCGUGGACAGCGUCUCCAACGAAGACCUGGCACGGAUCUCAAAGGAUCUCGAGGACUCUUUGCCGCUGGACUGUCGCCGUUACCUCAGCCCAGCGUUGGGUGCCAUCUUGGGGCUCUUUGCUCUGGUCACUCCUCUGGCCUUCCUGGCUCUCCCACAGCUCCUGUGGCGGGACACGCUCGAGCCCUGCGGCACACCGUGUGAGGGCCUUUACAUUUCUCUAGCCUUUAAGCUCCUCAUUCUCCUCAUCUCCACCUGGGCGCUGUUUCUUCGCCCGCCCAGAGCCUCUCUGCCGCGUUUCUUCAUCUUCCGCUGUCUGCUGCUGGCGUUGGUGUUCCUCUUUGUGGCGUCUUAUUGGCUCUUCUACGGGGUGCGCGUGCUGGACUCCAGGGAGACGGACUACAGGGGGAUUGUGGGAUAUGCAGCAUCGCUUGUGGACGCGCUGCUUUUCAUUCAGUACCUUGCCCUGGUGCUGCUGGAGGUCCGACAUCUGCAGCCUGCGUUUUGUCUGAAAGUAGUGAGGACUUCAGAUGGAGCAAGUCGCUUCUACAAUGUGGGCUGUUUCAGUAUUCAGAGGGCAGCAGUGUGGGUUCUGGACCAGUACUACAGUGACUUCCCGGUCUAUAACCCUGCCUUGCUUAACUUACCCAAGUCCAUCCUCUCCAAGAAGAUGUCUGCAUUCAAGGUCUACAAUCUGGGGGAAGAGAACAGCACCAAUAACUCUACAGGUCAGUCCAGAUCCAUGAUCGCAGCCAAUGCUCGGAAAAGAGAUAACUCGCACAACGAGUACUACUAUGAGGAGGCCGAGUUGGAGCGAAGGGUCCGUAAACGCAAAGCCCGACUGGUGGUGGCAGUAGAGGAGGCCUUCACCCACAUCAAGCGUCACCAGGACGACGAGACAACCGUUUCCUCCCCCAAACACCCGCGAGAGCUGAUGGACCCGAGGGAGGCGGCCCAAGCCAUCUUUGCCCCCAUGGCUCGAGCCAUGCAGAAGUACCUCCGUGCCACCAGGCAACAGUCUUACCACAGUAUGGAGAGCAUCAUGAACCACCUGCAGUUCUGCAUCUCGCACAACAUGACCCCCAAGGCAUUUCUUGAGUGUUACCUCACCCCAGGGCCCACUCUCCAGUACCUGGACACCAGCAGAGGGCGCCAGUGGACACUAGUAAGCGAGGCGCCGGUGACCACUUCUCUACGGCAGGGCCAAGUUUUUUCCCUUAGCCGCCCAGACUUCUCGCUGGUCGUUACAGUGGCACCCCUUCCCUUCUUGCGUCUGAGCGAAGAGUUCAUUGACCCCAAAAGCCACAAGUUUGUCAUGAAGCUCCAGUCAGAGACUUCUGUGUAGGCAGAGGAAAAACCGACAUAGGAAAGGAGAAGGAGGAUGAAUCCAGGAUACUUUUUUUUUUUAUACAUACAUUUUGGGGGUAUUACAUGUCCAACAUAUGAACAUAAACUGUAAAGAACAAAAACAAAGUAACACCCACAAACCACCUCUGACCUUAUUCCUCUUUCGAGUUCUGCUGAAAAAGCUCAAGUUAGACACUUUCCAUUUACGUCAGACUCUUCACUUGAAAGUCCUCUGCUGUUACUUCCAAGUAACACUACAGAAAUAGGGCUGUUUUUUUAAACACUUUUAACACUAAUUAAAUCAUUUAUUCUUAGCAGUUCUUACUGAUUCUUAGAGAAAAUACCCAUGUAGGUAUAUUGUUUGUGGUAAAUAUUCAAGUCUGAGUGGGGGUGCAGUUGACCUUUUUAUGUUUCAGACUUUAGGGGUCUAUCUUUAGAACUAUCCCACUUAUCUCUUCCUGUUUGAAAUUCUCGUGAAAUAAAGAAAGAACCCCUGCCCUUUUCUGAACCUUCUGAAACUGCCUGAAGAGAUAAGAGCUGCUUCUUCUUUUAAGUUAAAUGCACUGGAAAGUGGACGUAAAAGACUGUAAAACGAAAGUAUGUAGACACACUGGAUGGAUUUUGUGUACUGAACAUUGUGUCUACAAGGUUCAUGCUCUGGUUUUGUUGUACAACUUUUCAUUUUUUGAUUUCCAUCAACAGAGGUGUUUUUUUAAUGGCUAACACGACUGAACCAGGAUCAAAUAAACCUAUUAGCACAAUGUAGGCCCAACAUUGGAGCAGGUUAGGACUUGAUGAGCUUGAGCAUAAUAAAGCCAAGUGAUGUCACUGUC